CUCCUGGCCUUCUCUUCUGUUUCCUUGACCUUAGUUCCCAGCCCAGCAUCGGAAAUCUGGUUCCUGGACCGAGCCCUUUACUGGCACUUCCUCACCAGCUCCUUCAUCGCUUACUACCGGCUUAUGGUCACCCACCUGGGGCUCCCCCAGUGGCAAUACUUCUUCACCGGCUACGGCCUCAGCCCCCAGGCCAAGCAAUGGUUCAACAUGUACAAGCCCAUCACGGUCCACACGGAGCAGCUGUGGGAAGCAGACGAGGCCUCCGUAGUCAACAAGCUGGACCCUAACAAGGUUUUCCGCAACAAGGCCUCCCUGUUUCCAUCCCUGGUCAAAGCUGGUCUGCAGGUCUUCUAG